CUUUAAAAGGAGCACAUCAGUAACAAAGCUAGCACUCUUCACCGGUAAAAAUCAAGAAGUAACAAGAGGACACAGCAAAGCAGAAUCACUUGGAAAAGAUGGUACUGGAAACUCUGAAUCCUAUGUGCUACAACAUCACCAGCCUGAUACCAGAUACGAUGCCUGUGGCCACAGCGCCUAUACUCAUUGUCAUGUGCUUUCUGUUUCUAAUGUGGAAACAUAAAGAAACUUCAUCGAUACCAGGGCCAGGAUACUGUAUGGGAAUCGGUCCCCUCAUUUCACAUGGGAGAUUUCUCUGGAUGGGAGUAGGUAAUGCCUGCAACUACUACAAUAAGACAUAUGGAGAAUUUGUGAGAGUUUGGAUCAGCGGUGAAGAAACAUUUAUAAUUAGCAAACCCUCAAGUGUGUUCCAUGUACUGAAACACUGGCAUUACGUUUCUCGAUUUGGGAGCAAGCUUGGAUUACAGUGCAUUGGCAUGUAUGAAAAUGGGAUCAUAUUUAAUAACAAUCCAGCACAUUGGAAAGAAAUUCGACCCUUUUUCACCAAAGCUCUGUCCGGUCCUGGUCUCGUGCGUAUGAUAGCAAUUUGUGUUGAAUCAACAACUGAUCACCUGGAUAAACUAGAGGAAGUAACCACUGAAGUAGGAAACAUCAAUGUGUUGAAUCUUAUGAGACGGAUCAUGCUUGACACAUCUAACAAGCUUUUUCUUGGGAUCCCUUUGGAUGAACAUGCCAUUGUACUUAAGAUUCAAAACUACUUUGAUGCUUGGCAAGCACUUUUAUUAAAGCCCGACAUCUUUUUUAAGAUUUCUUGGCUGUGCAAGAAAUAUGAAGAGGCAGUAAAGGAUCUGAAAGGAGCAAUGGAAAUAUUGAUAGAACAGAAACGACAAAAGCUUUCCACUCUUGAAAAGUUGGAUGAACACAUGGAUUUUGCAUCCCAAUUGAUUUUUGCACAGAACAGAGGGGAUCUGACUGCCGAGAAUGUGAACCAGUGUGUGCUGGAGAUGAUGAUUGCUGCUCCUGACACUCUGUCUGUGACUCUCUUCUUUAUGUUAAUACUGAUUGCAGAGCACCCCACAGUGGAAGAGGAGAUGAUGAGAGAAAUUGAAACUGUUAUGGGUGACAGAGAUAUACAGAGCGAUGACAUGCCAAACUUGAAAACCGUGGAGAAUUUUAUUUAUGAGAGCAUGAGGUAUCAGCCAGUUGUGGACUUGAUCAUGAGAAAAGCUUUACAAGAUGAUGUAAUUGAUGGCUAUCCUGUGAAAAAUGGGACCAACAUUAUUCUCAAUAUUGGACGUAUGCAUAAACUUGAAUUCUUCCCAAAGCCGAAUGAGUUUUCUCUUGAAAAUUUUGAAAAAAAUGUUCCUUCACGCUAUUUCCAACCAUUUGGAUUUGGCCCUCGGGGCUGUGUAGGAAAGUUUAUUGCCAUGGUAAUGAUGAAAGCAAUUCUGGUGACUCUUCUGAGACGGUGCAGAGUACAGACAAUGAAAGGAAGAGGCCUUAACAACAUCCAGAAAAACAAUGACUUAUCCAUGCACCCAAUAGAAAGGCAGCCUCUGCUGGAGAUGGUUUUCACACCAAGAAGAAACACGAACAAGAAUGAGGGUGACUAAAAUGGAUCAGCAUCAGCAUUAAGGUUACAUGGCUUUUUCAGCCAUGG